CAUGGCCGCUGAGGAGAAGGAUCCCCUCAGCUACUUCGCGGCCUACGGGAGCGAGAGCAGCGACGGCGGGGUGUCCUCGUCGUCGUCGUCGUCUGAGGGAGAAGGAGAGGAGGAGGAGGAGGAGGAGGAGGGUCCGGGUCGUCGGCUGCCGGGCCCCGACGAGCUGUUCCGGACCGUGUCGCGGCCCGCCUUCCUCUACAACCCGCUCAACAAGCAGAUCGACUGGGACAGGAGGGUCCUCAAGGCCCCCGAAGAGCCCCCUAAGGAAUUCAAACCCUGGAGAACAAACGCAGUACCCCCUCCCGAAACUUACAGCUUCAAAGAGAAGAAGCCCCCGCCGCCUCCGGAGCUGGAUAUGGCUAUCAAAUGGUCAAAUAUGUAUGAGGACAAUGGUGAUGAUGCCCCAAGGAAUGUCAGUAAAGUACAUUUUUUACCUCAAGAGGAAGAGCUUUUGGAGUCAGAUGAUGAAAAGGAAGAGCCAACAUCUAAAAAAUGCAAAGUAGAGACAGGAACACAGGCAAAGAAGAGGAAGUAAAGCCAACCGUGAAGUCUCAGAAGCUAGAGAGUGUUAAAACUUCCUUCCGGAAUGUGAAUAAUAACGUGCCGUCGUUGAAAUGUAUGCCUGUGAGCAGUAUCGUUGGCAGUAUUUUAUUUUCAUAAAAUACCUUCCCUUUGGAGAGCAUUCACGUUAACUGUUCUGCACCGCUAUAUUCCCCUGAAGAGUUCUUUUUUGUAUUUAAAAAUUAUAACUUUGCAAGGUAUUGUGAUUUUUUUUGUGCUUGUAAAAAUUGCAGGAGCAUUUAGCGAUCUACCUUGUGAGCCCUCACCAAGUUCCUUAAUCCCUGUACUAGGAAGCUUUUCUAAAAGAACUAUAUUUUAAAAUAAAUUGUAGAAGGUAGAAGUACUGUGUUGUAAACAGUUACGGUGCUCUUAAAUUGUAAUCAAUGUAAAUAAACCGUGGAAAUGAAAUGACUCAUUCAGUGGAACGAUUGUAUCAUGUGCAGUGAAAUUUCUAUGCUUCAAUGUUUAAGGUUUCUGGAAGGUAAGGGAUGAGGUGAGUUACGUCUAACUUAAUUUUCAGUAAUAUUUAUGACUAGACUUCAGAUUAUGUAUCUAUAGCAACAGUACUAAAAUGAAAUGUUUUCUGCCUUGAAGAGUGAAUAAAAACAAUAUUCCUUGAAAA